GACGCGCUUUGGAGACAGGUGCGUUUGCCUUGCUGGGAGUCUUUACACUGCAGAGAAUCCCCACCACACACACACACAUACACACACACACUUUUUAAGGAAUUCGCAGGAAAAAUCCACUGAAUGUUUCCCGUCUUCCGUCCAAAUCCUAAGAAUGAAGGGAGCGACAAAAUCGCGAGAGCUUGAGUCACUUCUGUUCAGUUUUGCCAACUUUGUGCAGCUGACAAACCGUCCGAUCCACGUCAGUCCGAGCGGACACGGCAGCAGGAGCAGCAGCAGGAGCAGCAGCAGGAGGCAGAGGAGAGCAGAAGGAGGCUGGAUGAAGCAGGAGACGGGCAACUGAGCUUCAGCGAGCCGGGUACCCGCUUCCCCAUUCCGCAGCUGUCCCCCAAUGACACCGGACAGGAUGAUGAUCAUUGGACUUUUGCUCAAUGUCUUUUCUCAGGGCGGUGUUACAGUAUCUGCGUCCUUAGAUUGUCUGGUGGCGGAACAGGGCUGCGUCCAGGAGCCGUCCUGCAAAGGCAUCUAUCACCUGCUGGAGUACUGUGCGGCGGAGGAAGCCGUCUCGCCACUCGGUUCAGAUGCCCGCCUCGAGUGCCUGGAGGCCCAAAACUCGGUGCAGCAUUAUCGCCCCCUUCAAGUCUGCAAGUGUCAGCGGGGCUCUCGCAGAGAGGAGCACUGCCUCAAGGUUUACUGGACUGUGAGAUUUGCAGCAUAUGAUGAGUAUGAAGUAUCCCCAUAUGAAGAGCUGAAGCUGAAUCUAGUGAGAAACAUAGAGGUAUCGCGUAUGGCCUCCAUUAUGGCAGCUUCCUCUGUUGUCGUAGACGGCCAGAACCAGUGUCUGAAGGCUGCUCAGGACUGCGGCCUGUAUGAGAAAUGUGGCUCCUUGCGUUCAGAGUAUGUGGUAGCUUGCACCAAGCGAGCAACAGCCACCGACAACAGCUGCAACCGCCAGAAAUGCCACAAAGCCCUGCGGCGCUUCCUGGAGCGUGUGCCAGAGGAGUACAGCUUCGCUCUGCUUUUCUGUCCCUGCUCUGACACUCUGUGUGGGGAGCGCCGGAGGAAAACCAUUGUGCCAUCAUGUUCCUUUGAGGAGAACGCAAGAGGGGAGGAACGAGUCGGCAAGCCCAACUGCCUGAGCCUCCAGAACUACUGCUCCAGAGACGAGCUGUGUAGAUCCCGGUUUGCAGAUUUCCAACACAACUGUCAGCAGUCCUCGCUUUCUGCCUCUGGCUGUAUGCGAGAGAGCAGAGCCAUGUGCCUCAAGGCUUAUACUGGACUCAUAGGAACCAUAAUGACUCCUAACUAUGUGAGCAACAGCAGCACGGAGGUGUCCCAGUGGUGCACAUGUGAAGGCAGCGGCAACGAACUGCAGGGCUGUCAACGCAUCCAAAAUCUGUUCAGCAGCAACAUAUGUCUACGCAAUGCCAUCAGCUCCAUGGGAAUCUCAGCGCCUCCUCCGGUGGAGCUCACUCCAGUGCCAGUUUCUCAGCCCUCCCCUCGCGUCUUCCAGGAGAGGGUCCACGUUAGCGUCAACACGCUCCCUGAAUUCAACAGUAUGGAGGACAGUGACCAAGAGGAGGAACAGGAAGAGGGAGCAAAUGAAGAGUUCAACGUCAUCCCACCAUACUCUGAGAAGGACUCUGACACGGAAUCAGGUGCCAAAGGGAGUCAGCGUGGAGAAGCUCGCCAAGCCGAGCUCGCUCUGCCAUUGCUGCUUCUGCCAGGUCUCUUCUUGAACUGGGAAUGCUGGAACGACUGAAGACUCGACUUUUCUUUCAGCUUAGAGUUUACAGUCACUAUCGGUGUCGAAUUCAUUGCAGCCCUCACUGUGAAACACAGUCGACAGUUACGGAAAAGACAUGUAAAUGCCUCCAAAAAAAGUUUGUGUCUAUUCCUUCGAACACUGUAAAAUAUCCCAACCUGUUUUUUUUUUUUUUGCCUUUUGAAGCAUUUAUAAGACAUUAUUCAUCCUUCAGUUUAUUUGCUUAAGUGACCUUUCCUCAAUGUGAGUACUUUGGUGAAUUGCAAAGUACUCUUUGGGCAAAAGCUGCCUGUCUUUUAAAGUAAAAAAGUAAAACACAGUAUUUCACAAAGAAGCAUGUCACCCAGGGCUAACAUACGCCACACACUCUCCGGAAAAACGUACCCAGUCUACUUGACUGCAACGAGGCGGGAGCACAGCUUUUGAUUUCUAUUUCAUAACUCAUGUUGCAUCCAUUUCUCUGCUGUUCCUUUGGCUCUUCCUCUGUCUUCAUCAUGCUAAGAAAAACAAUAACCCACUACAUAACGAGUUAAUAAAAGAGGAAGUCACAUUUGAACCAUUUUGUGAAAAAUAAAAAAGGAUCUCUUAAAAAUAGCUUCAUUUGACAAGACAGAGAUGAGGUUCAAAAUGAUGCGCCGUCACGUUUUGUACGCUUAUUCUAACUUCACGCACCGAAAAGCAUGACAAAAGUUACUUCGCUCUUUCCUUUUUUUUUUUUUGUUAACACACCACUUAGCAUUAUUCUCCCUGCACCAAGCGGCUGAGAACUCAACCGCGGGCAAAAGUAAUGAGAUCAAAUUCCAUUGUAGAAACGGUGUUGGGAGAAAAGCAAUAUAAGCAAUUACUGCCCGAUUCAAAUUGCUCCCAUGCAGAUGGGGGAAAGUCUGGAGUAAGGCUCACAGGACAGAAAAGCCAAUUUGCUGCUGUCAUAGCCUCUCACGUUUUUAUCCUUAGGAGAUCUAGUUUUAGUGCUCCUUCCCCAACAUGUACUUUAGAUGUUUUGAAAGCAAAAUGAAGUGAUGGGGAUGGACAUAGGAGGCUGAAGAGCCUGCUGGCUGCUCUCGUCACUGGCCAGCACAUUCAGCCUUUGUCUCUGCUUUAAAUAUCUUCCGCUGAUGUUAAUGGUUUUGCCUUUUAUGGCUCAUCUUCCUGUGAAAUUAAGGAGCUGCGGAUACAGAGGUGAAAGGAAGUUUUCAUAGAGAGAUGAUUUCAAAACGGGUUUGAAAGAAAUAACUAAACUGAUUUCUGUAAAGAUUUUUUUUUUGUUUUUUUGUUUUUGAACUCAGUAUUUGCAAUGGUUGAACUGAAAUUCAUCUGUGAUGUCUCAGAUGAAGAGGAAAAGGCUGAAUUAGCCCACAGCUUUUUGAAGUGUAGUGUCUGGUCUUGUUUACUUGACAGGUUUUUUAAAAUGAAGACUUAACUUUGGAUGCAAACUGAGAAGGACAGAAAUGUACUGAAAGCCAACAAGCAGUGCUUCCCUGAAUCCAGCUCCAUCUUUCUUCACAUUUUCUAGAAGUCAACGUUAAACUUUAAUUGGAUUUUGUGAGUUUAGUAAAUACGACUUGACUGUUACAUGCUUUAGGGCAAAGUGACAUCAUUCUGUUUUUUGACCAUUCCUUGCUGAAAACGGCUAAGUGAAUGGACAACUCUUCAGUUUGCUAACGCUCCAAAGUCCAAACCAUAAAAACUGAAAUACAAUGUCAGACUGGGCAACAAAAAGUUCUGCUUGGUUUAAUCAUAUGAUCGUGACAGUUCUGAACUAAAUAAUAAAUAAAUAGUUAACUAUAUACCAGCGUCAGAAGCUCAUGUAGGGAUAGUCUUCUCUCUUGCUCUCAGUAAUCCUUAAAGAUGUUUUAUAUCAGUUUAAUUUUAAUUCUCAUUUAAGGCUCUUUCUCAGUUUAAGUACACUAUUUUGGUCAGCUACAAACUUUGUGGGCCUUAAAUUAAGAGUAGAAAAUGCUGUAUUAUUUUAUUAUAUACUUCCACAUUGUAAUUGAAGUCCACUUAACACAAUCAGAUGCUUAAGAUUGUUCAGUAUUUGUUUUUCUUGACGACGAUCACAUUUUUGUCCCAACAAAGUUGCUGCUCUGACAGUUAAACUCAAUUGUUUCCAGACGUCUGAAUCAACACACAUCUACAGUAAUCAAUAAUCUCAGACCUGCUAAUAUUUAGCUUUCACCAAAAUAUUUCAACAAAACUCACAGAAAAUGUUUUGCACUGAACAUCUUAAAAUCUAAAGACCAGCUUGUCAGCUAAACUCGACCCCGGUGUGGGCAUCCACCAAAGCCUUUCAGUUGAAAUAUAAUAUCCUACCAAAUAUUCCACACUGCAGUUCAUUGUGAUUGGACUGCUGCACACACUGAAAUUGACAACAGCUACAAUUCGAUUUGUUGUCCAGCUCAACAUAUGUACACGUGAUACAUAUGUUGAGCUAUGUACAUAUAAAAUAUCCAUAAAUCCAUAAAAUCCAAUGUGAAAUGCCAAUAAGUGCAGUGAUGACUAGUUAAAACCUAACUUCAACUAAAGAAUUGUCAUUUUGUGCUGAGAAAAACAUUGAUGAAAUGUGACCACCUGUCAGACGGUGCAGCAGUCAGAACAGUUUAUUAUGAAUAGCGACAUCAAAUAUGGAUGACCUGCACUGUUUUGUUUAUUUAGAUAACAGUAGGCAUGUGUGCGUCUAUGUCUAAAUAAACACAGACAUACACCAACAACAGAAGAGUUAAGUCAGGAGCUCUGAUCAGAUCCACUGAGGGAUCAGAAUCAGAAACACUCAGUUUGUCUGGGGACCAAGAUUGCAGCAUUUGUCAAAUCACCAGGAUGUGGUUUCACACUGCACUGUGCCAAACUAACCAAACUCUUUCAAAAACCUAUUUACCCCUUCGCUUCUGUUGGCUCUACUCCAGGAACCACUGAGGGAAACAACACAAAAACGUCAUGAGUGCAACUUCCUUCUUGAUGGAAACAAAAAUGGAGUGGUGUCAAAUUUUUGCGGUUCUAGAGAUACUCUUAUUUUUGGCAAAGAACUAAGAGUCAUUUUUCUACUAGCGAUAGACUUUUGACUCUUGAACGGCAGGCUGUUUUAGCCUUUUCAUCUUGUUUAUGAGCUUACAUAUAUUUUGUCAGUGCAUAGUGUUUGUUUAUAUUUGUAAACAUUAACGUUCCACAUCGGUUCUGUUUGCUGAGGGGUUUCGAAGAAGAAAAACUCUACAUUCAUGGAGUCUAAAUCUUAUAAGAACUAUGUAAAUACCUACCAAAUUAGACAGUUUGUAGUUUAUAUCAUAAGAGUAGAAAGACCAUGUACAGCACUGUUUCACAUGCUAAAGUUAUUGUAAAAACAUUAAACAUAGCAGAUGUUUCUGUGUAUUUCCUGUAAUGUUGUGCCAUAGAAAAAAAGUAUAUCAGUUUGUUUACAGAAUAAAAAGUCUCAUUAAAUUGUGUUUUUGUCUAA